GCAAGUAUGUUAGUUAUUGAAAAUGACGUCCAGUGUGUCUAUCAGGUGUGGGCUACGAAAUCUCGAGGUUAUUUACGAAGAUGAAAAGUGCAUAGCUUACAAUGACAACGAAAAUCCUGUGGCCUUGAUACAUUUCCAGGUGGUGCCGAAAAUCAAGAUAUCCCGUAUAUGCGAAAAUUCAAACGACGAAGAAAAAAUAUUGAGUCACUUGCUAUUAGUUGCAAACAACUUAGCAGUAGAAAAAGGAUUACAAGGCUCUGGCUAUCAUGUUACCGUAGAUCAAGAUUUAAGACAGGAUAAACUGAAAUCAAUACACAUAUUUGGAAGAACGCUUCAACACAUGUUGUGGCCUAUUGGCCCAGGCAGUCGUCUUUAGAUAUUGUCUCAGCAAUAGAACGAAAAUAAAUCACUGACAUAAUAAGAAAAUAUGAAUAAUUAUUUGUAUUUAUUGUCUCUAAUCCUAAGGUUAUAUAUCUAACUGAAAAAAAUGUCUUGUCAGUCAACUGACGUUGACACUGACGUGUCAAUUGUCAAAUUCAGAAUUCAUCAAAUGCUCCAAAAGCACUCUGACAUUGGCAAGUGGCAACUGGCAACUCAC